AUGGGCAAAUACGUAAUUACCGGCAUCAAGGCCGGCAUCACUCCUGAUACAGUACCCCUCCGCCUAGAGGUUGAUAGCUGGUACCCAGGACAGACUAAGGAGCACCUCCUUCAGAACAGCCUUUUCAUCUGGGCCCUACGUUUUCUAGAAGACAAGGAUCCUAAAGAGAAACUCUCCUACUUCCAGAUCGCUGGUAUCCAUGGAUCCCCUUACGAACCAUGGGAUGAGAAUACCGAGAGUCAAACCCCAGAUGAGGGCUACUGCACUCACGACAGCAUUCUCUUCCCUUGCUGGCAUCGACCGUACAUGCUCCUAUUUGAGCAAGUCCUCUAUGAGGUUAUGGAGAACGAAGUGAUCAAGAAGCUACCCGAAAAUAUGCGAAAGGUUUGGCGUGACGCAGCUGCUACCUUCCGAUUGCCUUAUUGGGAUUGGGCAGAGAAAAAGAAGCGAGGGGACGCGGUUGUCUACGAUGUCCCAAUAAUCGCCAAAGCCCCUGAGAUUGAAGUUAUUAACUUGAAUGAUGGCACUACCACGGUCAAAAUCGACAACCCAAUGUACAAGUUCACUAUGCCAGGUGGAGCAGCAAUGGGUUCCUAUAAUGUCGGAGACGUGGAUGAUCAGACGUCAGAGGGCAAAAAGAUUUCCAUUCCAUUUUCCAAAUCCAAAAGUACCAGUAGAUGGGCCCCUUUCGAAUCUGAGUCGCCCAAUGUUUCCACCGAGUGGAUAAAUGGAGAAGUCAAUAACGAAAUGGCGGCCGAGGCGCUCAACGACCAUAAGUGGUAUAACGGGGAAAAUCUGCCCUUGGCCGAGAUGACAUACCGUCUCUUUUUACCACAAUACAUCACUUCGUUCUCUCAAUUCGCCACAACAAAAUAUAGUGAGACUAAUGAGGCAGCAUCAUACUUGAACCUGGAGUUUGUACACAACAAUGUUCACAACUGGACCGGCGGUACAGACAAGUACAUUGGACAUAUGACGGAAGUUCCAGUUGCUGCGUUCGACCCGAUCUUUUUCAUGCACCACUGCAAUGUCGACCGACAAUUUGCUAUCUGGCAAGCCCUCAACGUAGAUAACAAAGACAACUGGUUCGAAAGGCAGGAUGAACAACUAGUAGAUAACGGCACUUGGUCUAUUGAGAAAGGAUCCACCGACACCCCGAAGACUCCACUGACUCCUUUUCAUAAGGACACGGAGGGAACUUACUUUACGUCUGACGAUAUUAGGGACUGGACGCAGUGGGGUUACUCGUACCCCGAGCUUCAACCCUGGCUCCCUAAGUAUAAACCAGAGGGCAAAUUCGACAAGCAGCUUUAUCUCAAUGACAUCCAAAAUCAGCUGAAAAAGCUCUACAGUUCUCCUGAGGUAGAGGACGCUCCGGCCGACAUCAUCGUCAACGUUGAGUACAAGAGAUUCGCUUUGGAUGGCAUCCCAUAUACCGUAUACUUCUUCAUUGGUGAUGAAGAUAAGAUAAACCAGUACAAAGAACCACUCUACACCCACCCGAGCCUUGUGGGGUAUGUAUACACGUUCACUAAUCCGGUUUACCAAAAUCCGGAUGCUCCAGGAUGCGGACAUUGUAGGGCCAAGUCUGCUGAGGGAACAACGUCGACGGCUCAGAUACCAAUCACCGCCGCGCUGCUCCCUCGUGUAUCUUCCUCGCAGGAUGUCGCCUCGACAACUAGUAGUCACAGCUUACCCUCGAUCACGGAUCCUGAAAACGUAUCGCAGCAUCUGGAGAAGAAUCUUCAUUGGAGAGUCAAAGUACACGGUCAUGAUGUUUCGAUUCCAAAUGACGACCCUUUUGUCAAAGUUUCGGUCUAUCAUCGCAAGGUGGAUCCAAGCCACAGGUCAAGAGGCCACGGAUACUCCCAUCUCAAGCACGCAACCCGAGGGAAAGCCGGGGGCUUCUGGGCUUAA